AAUUGAAGUUUGCUGAGAGGAUAAAACAGAAGAAAAGGAAACCUAAUAGCGAAGUUCGAGUCGAUAAGACUGAUGCUUCUGUUUACUCUCCUCCUUCCGGCCCUCAAUUACAUCUGGGUUCUUUAAAAUCAUCCUCUUUCUGUGUCAUUGAUAGUUUAGCUGAAUAUGAUUCUGAAUGGUUGCUCAUUGAAGCCUAGAGGUCCUUGUUUGAAGUACAAUACUCCCAAAUCUAAUUAUGCAGCUUUUGCUACCAAUGUACGUGCUGUUAAAUCCAGAAGCAUUCUAAAUUCAUGGAAAUCUAAUCAAGGGCUCAAUUCCGUCUCCCUAAAAGGGGUUCAGUUUCCUCAUCUUUUUGCUGGUUCAUCGCCACUGCUUAAAGGCGAUCUUUGUGGCUUGUCAGAUGCUAUCUCUAAGAUACCUGCGAGGCGUAGAACAGUUUUUACACCCAGAGCAGCAAAAGAUGUCCCUACUAGUUUCAGGUUCCCGGCCAUGACCAAGAAGCCAAGAUGGUGGUGGAGAACUUUGGCAUGCCUCCCAUACUUGAUGCCUCUUCAUGAGACAUGGAUGUACGCUGAGACUGCCUACCAUCUCCAUCCCUUUCUGGAAGAUUUUGAAUUUAUGACUUAUCCGUUCCUGCAAAUUCUUGGAAAUUUGCCACCAUGGUUCCUGAUUGCUUAUUUCCUGGUAGCUUACCUUGCAAUAGUGAGACGAAAGGAGUGGCCGCACUUCUUUAGAUUUCACGUAGUUAUAGGAAUGCUGUUGGAGAUUGCUUUGCAGGUGAUAGGGUUGGUGAGUCGUCGGUGGUUACCUCGAGCUGUUUAUUGGGGUAAAAUUGGAAUGCAUUUCUGGACAGGAUUUGCAUUUGCCUUCCUUUUCACUGUUUUAGAGAGUAUGAGGUGUGCUCUUGCUGGCAUGUAUGCCGACAUACCAUUUGUAUCUGAUGCAGCUUAUAUCCAGAUCCCAUAUGAUUAAUUAGGCCAGUGUUUGAGUAGAGAUUUAGAAAUGAGACUCUGUUUCAGUUUUUAAUGCAAAUGUAGAAGUGAUGACAUUUGUUGAUGUACGUUAUUGGCGAUUGUAAUGUUUUUCCUUGCUAAUUAGAGUGGUUUUGUAAAACUCACAAAUCAGACAUAUCUCACAGAUCUAUCCUUCAAAUUUAUAAAUUACCUUUUUAAUA